GUCAGCAUCUAAACAUCAUACGAUAUGCAAGAAACGGCAUUGCCUGCUUGGUUAACCAAGUCCUAUCUAGAGCCCAAGCUGAGAUCCUUUUACAAAGAUGACAAACUGCAGAUCCUUAAGCUCUGCUCAAACGCAGCAACAGCAAAGGGUGAGAACUAUGUUGGUGUAAUGACACGUGUCCAUGUUGAAUAUACAGAUGGAAAUGGUGAUCUGCAGAAGAAAACUUAUGUGCUAAAGGAGGCCUGUCCAACUGAUGCUCCACAGGCGAAACUCUUUGCCGAAUACAAUGUGUAUACACGUGAAAUGGAUAUGUAUGAGUUUGUGCUGCCAAGGAUGGCCGAACUACUUAAGGAAGUAGGUGUAACUGGGAAAUUGCAUGCGGAAGCUGUAUGCGUUGAUCGAGAACUGUGCAUAAUAUUACUUGAAGAUUUAUCGCCACUCAAGUACACCAAUACCGAUCGAAUCAAGCAAAUGGAUCUGGAGCACACAAAAAUUACACUGGAAAUGCUAGCUAAAUUUCAUGCAGCAGCAACAGUGCUGAAGCAACGUUAUCCUGAAGUCCUGGAAAGGAACUUCUCUACAGGAUUCUUUUCACGCGGCGUCACCGGAUACAAAAAACUUUUUUCCAUACUCUACAAAGGGCUGUUGCGAUAUGUAAAGUCCCAGCCAAAACUGAACUCUCGCUACUACGACAAAAUGGAACAGCUUUUGGAUAAUCUAAUGGAAUACGCUGCUCGAUCGUACGAUGUGGAUGAGAAUGAUUUCCAGACCCUAGCCCAUGGAGAUUGUUGGACAACAAAUGUGAUGUUUAAAUAUGAUGACAAAGGCAAACCAUCUACUUGUUUGCCCAUCGAUUUUCAAUUUACUACUUGGACUUCUCCGCUGGUUGAUUUGCAUUACUUUUUUAGCACUUCGCUGCAGGAGGAUGUACUAAGUCGACAAGCGGAGCUGAUCCAACACCAUUACUACGCUUUAAAAGAGAAUCUCCAGAGACUCAACUAUAAAGGCGUGUUACCUAGUUUGCAUGAAUAUCAUCUACAGUUCGAUCGACGUCGUUUUAUGGCUGUGCUGAUUUCAACAGUAUUUCAGCCAUUGAUGAUAUACCAAGGCAAAGAGGAACCAGAUUUCAUGUGUCUAUAUGAUGAAACACCGAAAGCUAUACGGUUUCAGGAUUCAAUGUAUGAAAGUGAAAGAGUGCAGGACAUGGUGGCUAAGCUCCUGUCAAUAUAUGAUGCCAAAGGAUUGCUUGAUCAGCAAUAAAAAAAACACUUAUCAAUUACUAAUAAUGCUUUAAAGAUUCUUUGUUUAUAUAAAUAAACAUUAUUUUACACACAA